AGGAACCGGCUGGUUUAAGGUCAGACAGACAGACAGACAGUGGUGAAUGAGCGGGGUUGACGGUAACGACGGUACAGAGUCACGGUGACACUGAAAGACUUUUUUAAAGAUCCUGUAACAGAAAAAGGAGGAGUGAGGUCAUAGAGUCUGUGUUGAGGACCGUCCGUUUGUCUGUCAGGGAGGACGAAGAAGAAAUCUCUUCACUUCUUUUAUUUUGAAAAAGAAGUGACACUCCUGAAGCCUGUCAGGAAUCAUUUGCCUUGGCUCCGCAGAAGAGUGUCUGUGUGUGUGUGUGUGUGUGUGUGGGGAAAAACAAAAAUCAAGUGUCAUCCCGAAGAGCAAUGGAGCUGACGCUGGCUCACCCGGUCAUCAAGGCCUUCAUGUGUGGUUCUCUCAGCGGGACCUGCUCCACCCUGCUCUUCCAGCCUCUUGACCUGGUUAAGACUCGUCUGCAGACGCUGCAGAGCAGCGCACAGCCUGGUUCAGGCAGAGUGGGGAUGGUGACUGUGCUCCUGAGUGUGGUGCGGACAGAGAAGCUGCUGGGACUGUGGAAAGGAGUUUCACCGUCAUUUGUUCGGACCAUCCCAGGUGUGGGCAUCUACUUCAGCACGUACUACUCUCUGAAGCAGCACUUCUUUCAGGACAGCAGCCCAGGAGCCGUGGAGGCCAUGCUUCUGGGAGGAGGGGCCCGGGCGGUGGCGGGGGUCUUCAUGCUGCCCGUCACUGUCAUCAAGGCACGCUUUGAGUGCGGCAGGUACGGUUAUAGGAGUGUGGCUGGAGCUCUGCGCAGUGUGUGUCAGACUGAGGGUCCUGCUGCUCUGUUCUCUGGCCUCAUGGCCACUCUCCUCAGAGACGUCCCCUUCUCUGGUAUCUACGUCAUGUUCUACAGUCAGAGCAAGGCCUUCCUGCCAGAGGAAAUCAGAAUGUCUCCUGUGGCCCCCCUGGCUAACUUCAGCUGUGGGAUCCUGGCGGGUGUGUUGGCCUCACUGCUCACUCAACCGGCUGAUGUGGUCAAAACUCAGGUCCAAGUGAAUCCCCAGCUGAGGACGGCAGAAGCUAUCAGAUACAUCUAUAUGGAAAAUGGCCUCCAGGGCUUCUUCAGGGGGGCAGUCCCUCGGUCACUCAGGAGGACCAUGAUGGCCGCCAUGGCGUGGACAGUGUACGAGAAGAUGAUGAACCACAUUGGACUGAAGUCCUGAGGAGAAACAUGGAUGAGAAGCUUGUGGAAAAAAAGUGGAGAUGAAAGUCACGUCACUGAAUGAAGACAGGAAUGUGUGAGAAGAGUGAGGAGCUGCUCCUGCUGCUCCUGCUGCUCCUGCUGCUCCUGCUGCUCCUGCUCCUCCUGCUCCUGCUGCUGCUGUGAAGAGUCAAAUGCUUUUAAAUGACUUCAAGUAUCAGACAAGUGUCAGCAAAGGAGGCUGACACUUGUCUGAAUGAGCUGCACGAACAUUACAAAAGUGUUGUGAAGUGAAGUGUUUCACUGGGCUUUGGCUGAGGUUCAGUUUUCCGACUUUAUGCCUGUGCAAUGCCACAUAAUGUUGACGUUCUACUAAUGUUCAUUCUACUAAAGUGUUUGAUGCCAGUCAGCAUUUGGAUUCCACUGUUUUAGACAUACAGUGAGGAAUCAUGACUGUCCUCUGGGGUCGGGACAUUGUCCCAGAUAAAGCUCAUAUUUCUGUAAUGCACUUUAACCUCUCCAGUUCUGUCAUGACAUCUUUACAACCUGGGGAGGCUUUUCAAGCCUUUCUGAUAACACAGUUAUUUAUACUGUAAUAUUUUUGUAAAAAAAACAAGAUAUGUGCUUCUCAGUACAUUAAUCUGCCUUAAAAUAUAACACAUUUUGAUAUUUGUUUGACCUUGUUGCUAAUAUUCAUAUAUUUGCCAGUGUUAAAGUAUUUGAUCUUUUUCUGGAUGACAUUAAAUGGGGUCAAAUACA